UAUCCUCUCAACCCUUUUUCCAAGCAGAGCUCUCUCUCACGGCGAUGGGCGACAAGAGGAAGAACACCGGGGACGGGGAAACGCCUCCGGCAAAGGGCCGGCCAGGCCUGAAGCCGGUGGCGGUGCCCAGUCCUGUUGCAGCAGAGGCGCCGUAGCGGCCGGUGACGUCGUCUAGCUUCGCCGCAGUGGAGGCAGCGGCCACUCCAGUUGCCGUAGAGACGCCGGCUGAGGCGUCUAGCGGGAUGGUGCUAGCAGGCGGCACUGUCGCAGCAGCGGCGGCGGAGGGAGAUGCACUGCUGGAGUCCGUCAUGCCGAAGACAGUGCUACACUGCAACGAGUGCCAUCACCCCCUCAAGCCUUCUCUGUAUCUGUGCUCCCGUAUGCGGCACGUAGCAUGCGGCGGCUGUGUCGGUGGCGGCGACGACGAUGACGACUAUAGCAGCGGCGACGACAGUGGUGAUGAUGACGACGGCAACGAGGGCGGCGGCGUUAGUGGGCUGGCCGGCGACGACAACGAGGACGGCGGCGUUAGUGGGCCGGCCGGCGACUACAAGUGCUCUUCUUGUACAGAUUUGGCCGCGUCCGUGGUCUACGUCAAGAGCCCAUACCUGGAUACCCUAUUCAGCAACGCCAAGGUCUCGUGCCCAUACAAGAAGUACGGCUGCGGGGGCACCUUGGCCUUCCGCGACGCCGCGGCGCACGCAGCCGCGUGCGGGUUCGCGCCCUGUUUGUGCCCGGAGUGCUCUUUCGAGGGCUUGCCGGCGGAUCUCGUGCGCCACCUCACGGAGAAGUCCAGCCGGCACGGCUGGCCCGCCCACAAGAUCACCUACGGCGAGAACCACCCGUAUGUGUUCGACGAGCUGAAUAAGGAGCCUUGCCAGAAACUCUUGGUCGCGGAGGAGGACGAUGGCAUGUUCCUCUUGGACAUUGUCCGUAACAAGGACUUCUUCUUCGUGAACCUUUUGUGUGUCCGGAAUAAAGCUGUCGCUGUUCCGGUGUACAGCUCCUCGGUCGCAGUGGAGGGCCCUCCGGCUAAGGGGCUCAUGUUGAAGCUGGAAAGGAAGGUCGUGGCGAGCUGCCAGGCCCCCGCUGAUUUGGGGUACUACAACUAUGAGGCUCUCCCUGUGCAUCCGGGGUUUCUCCACGGGGAACAGACCAAGAAGCUCCAUGUGUGCGUCUGCAUCCGCAAGACCCAGAGCACCAGCGCGUGAUGCUAAGAGGACCAUCAGAAUUGCAGUUAUCUUUGCGUGAUGUUAAGAGAGGAUGUAGUUUCGUAGUAGUGCUUCUAAUUAAGCUAGGGAUCACUUCGAUUUAGAGAAAUGUGUCGUUUGUAGUCUUGGUAGAGACUUGAAUUACUUCCUCCGGCCCUUUUUACUCUGCACAUUGGAUUUGCUGAAAGUCAAACUUUGCUAAGUUUGACCAAAUUUAUAUUAAAAAUU